AUGAAGAAGCGCAUCGUCAUGUGCUGCGAUGGCACAUGGCAAAACUCGGAUAAUGGCUACAUAAAGCCAACCGCUUCCAAUCCAAUUCCAACUCUCCAAAUUCCGUCGAACGUAACGCGUAUCUCCAGGGCCUUCAAAAGGGGCUGCUCCGACGGCACUUUCCAAAUUGUAUACUAUCAGUCAGGCGUGGGUAGUAGAUCAGGCAUCAUCGACAGAGUCCUCGGCGGCGCAUUUGGAAUAGGCAUAGCAGAGAACAUCCGGGAAGCCUAUGCUUAUAUAUGUGCCAACUAUGUUGAUGGGGAUGAUAUCAUCCUCCUCGGGUUCAGUCGUGGAGCCUUUACGGCAAGAUCUAUUGGCGGCAUGAUAUCAGACCUCGGCUUGCUCACUCGCGAGGGCAUGGAAUUCUUUUACCCGGUCUUUAAGGACAUGCAGAACUGGAUGAAUCCCGACUAUAAGGACCAAUUUCCUCAAAUACCAUUUCCCGACAAACCGAAAGGAUCACAUGCUAUGGACGAGUACCGAAAGAGGCUUGUGGAGCAAGGGUAUACCCGAGUGCAUCAAAGGAAAGGCCAAGGUGAUUUGAUUAAGGUCAAAGCCAUUGGCGUAUGGGAUACUGUGGGCUCCCUAGGAAUCCCCCAGGGGAAACCAAGGGAGAUACUAGCUCGUCUCGGGAUCAAAAUGCGCAACACAGAAUACAUCGAGCAUGGCUUUCACGCUCUCGCCUUAGAUGAACACAGGGGUCCAUUCAGCCCAACCCUGUGGGAGCGACAGCCAGAUUAUCGGGAUACUUCAGAUCUUCGUCAAGUUUGGUUCCCUGGAAGCCAUGCAAAUAUCGGCGGUGGUUGGGCCGACCAGGGCGUUGCUAAUAUCACUCUUGCCUGGAUGAUGGAUCAGCUCUCCUCUGUGGGCUGCGAAUUCGUGCCCGACGCCCUCGAGAGACUAUACGACCGUAAUGUGCAAUACUAUCACAGUCUGAAGCCAGGCAGAAGCAAACGCGAGAAAUGCGCCAAAUGCUGCUGUCACUGCUGUUGUGGCAUGGGAAAGAAGGAACCCCUGCCAUGGGCAGCAACACCUAUCUACAACCCGAACAAGCCAGUUCGCCCUUGGUCUCUACACAAUAUUCAAUCAGUCAAUAGCCCAAUAUACGACCUCGCUGGAAAGGUAACGCGUUUGCCCGGUAUGUAUAAAAAGACUAACCCAAAGCAUGGCGGCCGUUUACGCACCUAUCUCGAGGAUACAAACGAGCGCAUUCAUAGCUCGGUACGUGUCCGCUUGGCCUGCGAAGGACUGGGCCUCAAUGAUUCCAAUCUUUGGGAAUGCCCUGCAUUGCUACGGAUGUGGCGUCCGCGUCGCGUAGUUCAGAAAAUCGCAGACCCUGUGCCGUUUAAUGCCAGCUGGGGUCCAAAAACCGGCAAGGCUAGCGAGGCUCCGAUAUUUGCUACCAACGAGGCCGCGGGAGGGACCAACGAGGUUACUCCUACUCCGGAUACGGUAGUUCAUAACACAAGGGAAAGAGAUGAAACUGAUACAGGUUCAUUGACGCAAGCAGAGAACUCAAUGCAUCAGCCGCGUUGGGUUUGGGAAUACAUAGGUCCUGAAGUAGGUGCCCCUUUUGUUCGAACGCUGGUAGAGGAGAACAUGGGUCCAUGGGAACGACAUUUGCUUCAACUGUCUACCGGCAAAGUACACGUGUGUGAUUAUGCCGAUGCACAGAGGGUUGAGAACUAUAAGGCGAUCGUGAGGGAAACAUUGAAGAAGUCGAAAAAGUCCAGGAAAUCGCAUAAAUCAAGCCCAUGA